UUCUGGGACGUAAAGUGAACCACAAUGGCGGUUAAGCAACAAGCACGUCAUUCUCUUGCACUGACAAGUUUACUUUUAGCGCUUCUGCUGCAGCCAUGGCCAACUUUUGCCGAAGAACUGACGUGGGAUCAGAACGGCUACAUUUUGUACUGCCCGUGCAUGGGUCGCUUUGGGAACCAGGCAGAUCACUUCUUGGGGUCUCUCGCCUUUGCAAAGAUGCUGAACCGAACCCUGGCGGUCCCUCCCUGGAUAGUGUACCGGCACCACACGCCCCCUUAUACCAAUGUCCAUGUUCCCUACAGCGAGUUCUUCCAGCUGGAGGCGUUGUCCGCCUUCCACCGGGUGGUCAGUUUGGAGGACUUCAUGGAGAAGCUGGCACCCAAUCACUGGCCCUCAAGACAGAGGAAAGCCUACUGCUUUGAGACUGCAGCGCAGCGAAGUGUGGACAAGAAAUCCUGCCCCAUGAAGGACGGGAACCCGUUUGGUCCGUUCUGGGACUACGUCGGUGUGGACUUUGACGCGUCUGUCUUGUUCGCUGGUAUUUCCUUCAGUGCCCAACACCAAACUCAGUGGAUGAAGAAGUUCCCUCCCUCGGAGCACCCCGUCCUGGCGAUGCCCGGGGCUCCCGCCCAGUUCCCAGUGAUUGAGGAACACGUGGGCCUGCAACGCUACGUGGUGUGGUCGGACAGUAUGGUGGAGGAGGGAGAGAGGCACAUCGCCACCCUGCUGACCAGGCCGUACGUCGGCAUUCACUUGAGGAUUGGCGUCGACUGGCAAAAUGCCUGCAAGAUGCUGAAGAGCGGUGAAGCAGGGCCUCACUUCAUGGCCUCUCCGCAGUGCGUCGGCUACAACCGCCAGACGGCGUUGCCCCUCACCAUGACCAUGUGCCUCCCCGACCUGGCGGAGAUCCGAAGGGCCGUCAAGCUGUGGGCGAAGAGGACCUCGGCCCGCUCCGUCUACAUCGCCACCGACUCGGAAUCCCACAGCAGGGAAAUUGAAAAGCUCCUCAAGGGCAAGGUGAAGGUGGUGAGUCUUGAUCCAGACUCGGCCCAAAUGGACCUGUACAUCUUAGGCCGGGCCGACCACUUCAUCGGCAACUGCGUCUCCUCCUUCUCCGCUUUCGUGAAGAGAGAGCGGGACGUCCGCGGCCUCCCGUCCUCCUUCUUCGGCAUGGACAAGCCCGGGAAAUCAAAUCCGAAAGAAGAACUCUGAGCACGAGGGGUCACGCAGUCGUCCUCUGGGCGCUAAUGCUGGAGCGUAAAAGGCCGUCGCGAGGAGGCGAGGGGGAGCAAAGCGGAGAGCAGAGAAUAUUCAUCAGUGACGUGAUGGGUCGUGAAGGCCCAUCCUAUUAUUAGAACGGAUUUUAAUCGGAUUUUAAUCUGUAAGAAAGGAGGAAGGGCUUGAGAAUUAUAAGAUUGUGGUUCAGUGGUUUAAUGUCUGUGAAAUGCUGUGACAUGGACGCUUUAUUUUUUGUCUGUUCCCCCGCUUGGAAAUCCAGUAUUGAUGGGUUUCCAAGACUUGACGUCCACCUGCUUGUGUUCACUAUACUGAAGCCAGUUUUUUUCUUUUAUCAUUCACCGUCACAGAAACAUAUUCCUUUCCCAUUUCCUUCAGCUGCUGCCAUAGUCUGCGGCAGCAACCAAUGUUUUGCAAUCCCGACAUGUAAGCAGGAGCUUCGGUGGACCCCGGUGAACCCUGGGAAAAAAAAACACUGCUGUGCAACGAUGUUAUGUGUUCUCCCCCCUCGCUCUUUUAGCCCUCUUCUCUUUCUCUCCCCGACCUUUCUAUCCCGUCCAUGCCUUUUCUCAGCUCGCUCUUAACCUUCCCUUUCUGCCCUCCAUUCCAAGGAGAGCACAGUAAACUGAUAUCCUCCUGUACAUACUAAUUAUAGGGGGGUGGGGGGGAGGAAACCGUCUCUCCACCUCUUAAUUUAUCAGGACCCCCCCCCCAAAAAAAAAAAAACAGAUUGCGUUGGAACCCUGUACUGAAUUGUUGUGGGAGAGUAUUAUUAUUCAGUGAAUGUGAACACAUGUUUCAGGGAGACAGAAAAGGAGUUGAUUUGCACAGGCUGAAUUGAUCAAAUGAAUGGUGGGGAUGUUUGGCAAGCUAUUUGCUUCCUCUGUGUGAAAGCAGUGAAUGCAAUGAUUUUGAAGUUGAAUGGUUUCUAAAAAUGUUUUUCACCAAUAAAGUGAUGCA